AUGGCGCAUGGCCCGGACUGGGUCUCUCAGUCUUGGUGUUUCUUAUGGAUAUUUACGCUUCUUUUGAGUGAAUCUCAAACAAAAAAGACCCAGACAUUUUAUAUGGACGGAGUGGAGUGUGGCGAUACAAAACAUAUAGGGGGCGCUACUGUGUAUUCACAUAAUGUGGAAAAGGACAUGUAUUAUGGUGAAGCCAUUUCGUGCAGUAUAACAUUUCGACCUGAGAACAAUGGUUGGAAACUUAUGUUACGCAUUAUAGAAUUGGAUAUACCUGACCGACUGCCAAGUGGAGUGUGUAAUGAUGCUUUAUAUAUUUAUGAUACAGAUUCUAUAUAUGCUGCAGCCAUGGAAGAGGCUGGAGGUAACAUGGGAUUGUGUGGAAAUGUAAUACCACCCACACUAUAUUCUUCAGGCUCUGUUAUGACUGUUCAUUUUAGAUCAGAUGUCGAUAUUCACAAAAUCGUAAAAGGAAGAGGAUUUAAGUUUAUAAUUACAGCAUAUAGCGAUGAUUUCAAAGAGCAUGGUACAUGCGGAUCAAGGUUUAAGUGUACAAACGAAUGGUGUGUUGACGAGGACCUUACAUGUGACAAUGUCGACCAUUGUGGUGACUACUCAGACGAAUCCACAGAGGGCACGUUGAAAUGUGGGGUUAAAGAUGAGAGUUUUUUAAACCAGUUCAUGGCACUUGGAGUGACCGCCUCAGUGACCAUCACCGUGGGCAGUCUUCUGGUGGUCAUUGUAUGUAUUGUGUCCAUCGUCUGUUGCUGUCGACGCAUUCUAUGUAAGCCAGCACAAGACACAUCGUCAACACCAAGUGCUGUGACGACAACACCAACAUCAGUCCUGACAAAUGGUGCCCCACCCGCACUUCAUUACAACAACCUGAACAACCUACAAGGUAAAAUUAACAAUGGCCGCCAGGUUCCAUUUGCUGGUCACAUGCACCAAGGAUACUACCCCAUGCAGCCUGUGUUCCAGUCGCCAAACCACAGCGCCAUCUAUUCAGCGUAUCGUGAAGGAUUCACAAACUCUGCUAACAGCGCAUACUCCUCACAUUCACAAUCACAGCCACCAUCAUAUCAUCGCUCAUGUACGCCGACAAGCUCUCGGUCGGGAAAGUCCAAUCGUUCUAAUAACAGUACAAGUGUCACUUAUAGUCAAGGCACCGACAAGGUUUCACUUCCUGUCAACUUAUAG